AUGACCAAAAAACAUCUUACAGAUCAACGAUUUGACGCGCUUCCGUUAACGGAAUCUCAGCUUAAAGGGCUUGAAGAAGCGGGUUUUGAGUUAUGUACGCCGAUUCAGGAGCAGUCACUCCCCGUGGCACUCAAAGGAAAAGACGUUGCCGGGCAGGCGCAAACGGGAACCGGCAAGACCAUUGCCUUCCUGCUUGCCUGCUGUAACUACUUGCUUACCAGGGACCCCCUAGAGGGUUACAAGGAAGGCGCACCUCGCGCUCUGAUUCUCGCGCCCACCAGAGAGCUGGCGAUCCAGAUUCACAAAGAUGCAGAGCUGCUUAACAAGCACACAGGGCUGUCUAUUGGCCUAGUUUAUGGUGGCACCGGAUAUGACCAGCAAAAAGAAAUGCUCGCGGGCAAAACCGAUAUCCUGAUCGGUACUCCGGGCCGGUUAAUCGACUUCUACAAACAAAACCUGUUCACACUUCAAUAUGCUCAGGUCGCGGUGAUGGACGAAGCAGACCGCAUGUUCGAUCUUGGUUUUAUCAAGGAUAUCCGCUACUUGCUCCGCAAAAUGCCAGCUCCGGAGCAGCGCCAGAACCUGCUUUUUUCAGCGACGCUGUCAUUCCGGGUGAUGGAGCUGGCUUACGAGCACAUGAACGAUCCGAAGCAGAUUAAGAUCGUUUCUGAUGAGGUUGUUGCCGACAAAAUCGUCGAACGUAGUUUCUAUCCGGCCGACGUCGAAAAGCUACCACUGUUGGUGAACAUGCUUAAAACAGAAGAUCAGGAGCGCAUUCUCGUUUUUGUAAAUACAAGACAUGCGGCAGAGAAGGUUUCCUCUACCCUCGAAGUCAACGGUUUCAGUUGCGCGAUGUUGUCCGGCGACGUGCCGCAGAACAAGCGAGAGAAGCUGCUCGAUCAAUUUAAAAGCGGGCAACGAAAAAUUCUGGUGGCUACCGAUGUUGCCGCGAGAGGGCUGCAUAUCCCGGCUGUCAGCCAUGUUUUCAAUUUCGAUCUGCCCCAGGACGCAGAAGACUAUGUGCACCGCAUUGGCCGCACGGCGCGGGCAGGAGCCAGUGGUGAAGCGAUCAGCUUUAUUUGCGAAAAAUAUGCUUACUCGAUUAUGGAAAUCGAGGAGUAUAUUGGCCAUUCACUGCCUCGGGCUGACAUUCAACCGGCGUUACUCGAACCUGUCGAAAUUGCGCCUCGCCGACCAAGAAAUGAUCGUGGUAAGAGUGGCCCAAAACGUGGCGGUCGACCGGGGCAAAGGUCCGACGCUCGCCGUGAUACUAGUAGAGCAGGCGGUCGCAAGAAACCUGCGCACUCUGCCUCCCGGGCUAACAAGAUAGAUAAGAAUAGCGUGUCUGAAACGCCAGCUUCUGCUGUCGAAGUACAGCAGACUGCUGCUGCCGCCGAACUACCAAACCAAGAGUUCGCGGCGAAAAGCAACGUGGUGCGAGAGACAACUGAAGCCACACGGGUGCAAAAAGACACCCAAAAAGACACGCAAAAAGAAGGGCAACCGGAGGCACUAAAAAGCGUUCUCCCGCCGGCCGAGCCCGCGCGAUCACUACGACCCAUGAUCAUUCCCGCGGACCCGGGUCAGCCCGUUAGGUUUAGCCGAAAGUUCGGUGAGGUACCGGCGAUAGGAUAG